AUGGCAGCGAAUGCCCGCUAUGAACCCGCUCCACAGCGGGACUCCUUCGAGGACCGCCCGUACACCCACGCGCCGCCUUCGUACCAGGCCACUGAUGACUUUGCAACGGAACCGCGCAGUGAAGGGGAUAAUGUUCCGGAUGACUUCAAGUUUGGCGGGAUGGUGGCGGAGGCUACCAUUGAUAUCCGAAUGCAGUUCGUGCGGAAGGUGUACUCGAUCUUAACCGCGCAAAUCCUCCUCACCACGGUCUUGAGCUCCAUCUCCUUCUUCAACACCACCUACCGCACCUGGAUCCAGUCCAACUUCUGGCUCAUGAUAAUAUCCGUCUUCGGCGCGCUGGGUUUCAUGCUAGCGACUUACUGGAAGCGCAAGUCCUACCCGACCAACCUCCUCUUCCUGACGGGAUUCACCGUGCUAGAAGCCUACUCCAUCAGCGUGGUGACCUCCUUCUACGACGCAAGGGUUGUCGUGCAAGCCCUCAUCCUGACUCUGGGUAUCUUCAUCGCUUUGACCCUCUUCGCAUGCCAGACGAAGUACGACUUCACGAACUGGAUGCCCUACCUCUUUGGCGCGUUGUGGUUCAUGAUUCUCUUUGGCUUCGUCGCUAUGUUCAUGCCCUUCAACAGCGGUGUUGAAAUUGCGUAUGGCGUCGUCGGUGCACUGGUGUUUUCGGGGUAUAUCCUCGUGGACACGCAGCUCGUCAUGCGGCAUUAUCAUGUCGAGGAGGAGAUUGCGGCGGCCAUCUCGCUCUAUCUGGAUGUGCUGAAUUUGUUCCUGUCUAUUCUGCGCAUUCUGAAUGGGUCGAAUAAUAACUAG